CACAAUGAACUUGGUGUUAUGGAUCUUAAACUUUUUAAUUUACUGGACUCGAAUUGACGCACAGAUGGGGUUUGAUGGUCCUCUCUCUGCUCAGGAGCAGAUGUUCAUCCUGUAUGAAGUCAAAAUGCAGUGCUAUCAGAACCUCUCCAACAUGGAACCAGGAACUGCAGACGAGGUGUGUCCUCCAGAUUGGGACGGUCUGAUUUGUUGGCCCCAUGGUUCCCAAGGGCAGAUUACAAAGGUUCCCUGCCCAUCUUACAUCUAUGACUUCAAUCACAAAGGACACGCUUACAGGAAAUGUGAUGUCAACGGUUCCUGGGUAUUUGUAGAGCAGUGGAACAAAACAUGGACCAACUACUCAGAGUGUCUACGCUUCCUUCAGCCCUUCAGCGACGAGGAGGCAAAACAAGACUUCUUUGAGCGGCUAUAUGUCAUGUACACCACUGGCUACGCUGUGUCCUUCAGCUCUCUGCUUGUGGCCAUCAUGAUAAUCGGAUACUUCAGACGACUUCACUGCACCAGAAACUACAUCCACAUGCACCUGUUUGUUUCCUUCAUGUUGCGUGCCGCCAGCAUCUUUGUGAAGGACAAAGUUGUCUAUUCAAGUGCCGGAUUGCAGGACUUUGACUCUGCCCUGUUGGACAACUUGAAAACAGUCAGCAUAGCAUCACUGGACAAAUCUCAGUAUAUCGGCUGCAAGGUGACAGUGCUGCUCUUCAUCUAUUUUCUGGCCACCAACUACUUCUGGAUCCUGGUAGAAGGCCUCUACCUGCACAGUCUUAUCUUCAUGGCCUUUCGGUCCGAUUCCAAAUACCUCUGGGGCUUCAUACUCAUCGGAUGGGGUGUUCCAGCUGUGUUUGUGGCAGUGUGGGCGAUUGCUAGAGCAAUGCUGGCAGAUGCAAGGUGCUGGGAGUUAAGCGCUGGUAACAUCAAGUGGAUCUACCAGGUGCCCAUCUUGACAGCGAUUGGGCUUAAUUUUAUUUUGUUUGUGAAUAUCGUGCGAGUCCUGGCCACGAAGAUUCGGGAGACAAAUGCGGGGAGAUAUGACACCAGGAAGCAGUACAGGAAACUGGCGAAGUCCACCCUUGUGCUGGUGCUGGUGUUUGGUAUCCAUUACAUCAUCUUUGUUGGGAUGCCGCAUACAUUUAAGGGACCAAGCUGGGAGAUUCGCAUGUACUGCGAGCUUUUCUUCAACUCAUUUCAGGGCUUCUUUGUGUCUAUAAUCUAUUGCUACUGCAAUGGAGAGGUCCAGACAGAAAUAAAGAAAACAUGGACACGCUGGAACCUGGCGUUUGAGUGGGAAGGGCCAGUGGUCUGCGGUCGCUACCGUUACGGCUCUGUGGUUGUAGGUCUUAACAACAACAGCACCAGCAGUCAGUCGCACCUGGCUGGUGGUGGGCUCUCCACACGCUCCACCACGCUGGCUUCCAGCCGCGUUUACCGGAGCUCAGGUCCGCCCACGAACAACACACACACCACCCUCCCGGGGUAUGUAAUCACCAACUCAGAUCCAUCCAUACCUGAGGAACCUGAGGACAGUGGGCCAAAGCGAGUGGAUGAUAUCUCACUGAAGGAAAAUCUGCCAGUCCUCAAUAUAAGUGCUACAGGUGAGGAUGAGGAAGAAACACUGUAGCAGUUAGCGAAAGUCAAGAGAGACUGCAGAUGGAACCAUGCAGCCCAUUACUUUCUUAUGUAAUUUAAACUGAAAUGGAAGAAAACAAACCAAAAAUCAGACUGUAUUCAACAUGAAUGAGACUGUCAGAUAGAGAAGCGAUGAUAAUGAAUGCAAUUGAUGGUCCUGUUUGUGUUUGUGCCAGUAGGAGUAACCAAAAUGAAGGAAUGUCUGCAAGAAAAAUCUGUGAUUUACAUUUAGAUUCAAGCUGCAAACCUGAGCUGCAGGUAUUGAUAACAAACAUUGCAAGCUUGUUAAAAUCCUCAACAUGUGAUGACACAAGAGACCCAGUGCUGAAGGCUGGUGACGGUUGAUUUAAACAGCUGGCAUUUAAACAAAAGUUAGAGGAGCAUAAUCUGGCAUGUUGGCGAGAAACUGAAGAGAUGAAAGGCUUGAGUCAACAAAAGGGCCUUCGCUGUUUCUCAUGGGGGGAAACACCAUGAUACCCUUCAUUAUCCAAAAGCCCCAGGAGGUUUUUCUCAAGGUUUGACUUGAAGAAAAAAAAAAAAAACAAGAAAAAA